CAUAACACUAACACCUGUUCAGCUCGAACAAUCAUGGAAGGUGGCUGCGAGAUAAAAUAAUGGUCGCCAUUGGAGGGCGCAGAGACCAUUUUUCAAAUACCAAGAUUCCCAAAUGAUGACCUCGUUGUUUCCCAUUAACCCAAUCCCCACAAAUUUGCUUUGACUUGCUUACCUAAUGGAUUCCGUCUGCAGAAUUUUGGCGCCAUUGUUGUUUGUACUAUUUAUACUCGCCAAUUUCUGCCUCUUCUUUCCCCAAAACUCAGUAACGUGGAAGUUCGGAAGCUAUGGAGGAGGUGCAAGAUGUUGUGAUUGUGGGAGCUGGGAUCGGAGGUCUCACUACGGCCUUGGGACUUCACAGGUUAGGUAUUCGAAGCUUGGUUUUGGAGUCGUCGGAUAAUCUGAGGAUCACUGGAUUUGCGUUUUCGUUAUGGACGAAUGGUUGGAAGGCACUGGAUGCCAUUGGAAUUGGCGACUCGCUUCGCCAACUCCAUGAUCAACUUCACGGGAUUGUGACUGUGUCAAUGAUAUCGGGGGAUAAAACAUCAGAGCUGCUGUUUUCGAGUCGAGAAGAAUGUGGAGUUCAUGAAGUUCGUUGUAUGAGAAGAAAGUUUUUGCUAGAACAUCUGGCCAAGGAACUCCCAUGUGGAACCAUCAAAUUCUCCUCCAAGGUGGUCUCCAUUCAGGAGUUUGGUUUGUAUAAGCUUGUGCAUCUUGUUGAUGGAACUUCAAUCAAGACCAAAGUGCUAAUAGGAUGUGAUGGGGUGAAAUCAGUGGUGGCAAAAUGGCUUGGCUUCAAGGCACCAGCUUUCACGGGGAGGUGUGCUGUAAGAGGUUGUUUAGAACUGAAGUCCAGCCAUGGUUUUGAUCCGAAGAUGAUCCAAUUUGUCGGCGAAGGAGUUCGAGCUGGUAUCAUCCCUUGUGACGACAAGACUCUCUAUUGGUUUUUCACUUGGACCCCCUCAGAGGAAGAGAAGAAAAUACUGAAGAAUCCAGCAAAACUGAAGCAACUUGUACUGAGCAAGCUUGGAGAGAUGCCUGAUGUAGCAAGGACAGUGAUAGAAGAAACCGAGGUAGCUUGUUUCGAAUCAGCAGCAUUGAAAUACAGACCUCCAUGGGAGCUCAUGUGGGGCAACAUUGUGAAGGGCAAUGUGUGUGUGGCUGGUGAUGCACUGCACCCAAUGACCCCAGAUGUAGGGCAAGGCGGGUGCGCUGCUUUAGAAGACGGGGUUGUCUUAGCCAGAUGUGUCGCCGAGGCCUUGCUGAAGAAACCCGGCAGUGAGACGGAAGAGAAGGCGGGAAAAGAGCGGGUCGAGAUGGGGCUGAGGAAGUAUGCGGCGGAGAGGAAAUGGAGGGGCAUUGAGCUGAUCAGCACAGCUUAUAUGGUGGGGAAGAUGCAACAGAGCAGUGGGGUAUUUGCCAAGUUUGUGAGGGAUAAGAUUUUGUCUCGUUUUCUUGUUGGCCUCCUGCUGAGAAGAGCAAAUUUUGACUGUGGGAAACUGGACCCUUCUUUGUAGCCAAACCUCAUUUUCACUGAUCCUCUGUUCUUGUGAAAUUGUAGCCUCUCGGUAAAAGUUUGAAAUUGAAUAAAACAAUUUGCUUGUGUGCAAA